AUGGAGGACUGCGUCGACAUCUUCACCCACGACCUCAACGGCGGCCAUGGCGGCAAGGCCUGGCUUAAGCGCAGGCUCAGGAAGAUCAAGACGCGCCACGAGAUCGCGAGCCGCAUCGAGGAACUCAAGGCUCGAGCGCUAGAAGUAAGCAACUGCCACCAUAGGUAUAAGACUGAUGAGUGUGUUGGUUCCCCUGACUGCAUUCCUCCUCCUCGGGGCCUGGUCGCUAUUGACCCUCGAAUGGAGGCACUCUAUGUAGAUGCCAACAGCCUUGUGGGCAUGGAUGGCCCAAAGGAGAAGCUCAUCAAGCUGCUCAGUCAGGAGCAGGUGGGUGGAAAUCGCCUAAAAGUGGUGGCUGUUGUUGGAUCUGGGGGUAUGGGCAAGACAACUCUCGCCCACCAAGUUUAUACUAAGAUCAAAAGCCAAUUUGAUGCCAAGGCUUUCAUAACGGUGUCUCCAAAUCCCAGUACUGUGGAGGCUCUGUCAGAUAUAUUGCAAGGAUUUCAGGGCUGGGUGUCCUCUAGCCUGAAUGAUGAACGCAAACUCAUCGAGGAACUCCGGAAGUACCUCAAAGAGAAAAGAUACCUUAUCGUGCUGGAUGAUAUCUGGGCAAUCAACGCAUGGAACACUAUUAAAGGUUCUUUUGUGGAGAAUAAUCUUGGUAGCAGAGUUAUAACAACUACACAAAUUGAAGAUGUUGCUAAGGCAUGCUGCUCUUGUUUUCAUGGGCAUGUCUAUAGGAUCAGACCUCUUAGUGAUCUUGACUCAAGGAGAUUAUUUUAUAGAAGGGUAUUUUAUUCUGAUGGUGUAUGUCCCGAGCAACUAAAGAAUUUUGCCGAUGAAAUAUUGAAGAAAUGUGAUGGUGUUCCAUUAGCUAUUCUCAGUGUAGCCAGCUGUUUGUCUAGUCAUGAAGAGGUAAACUCAAAGGAAACAUGGGAGAAGAUGCAAAAUCAUUUUGGUUUUCCAUUGGAAGGACACCCUGCAUUAGAAUGGAUGAGGCAUGUGCUUACGCUUGGCUACAAUGAUUUGUCUUUGGAACUUAAGACAUGUUUGUUGUAUCUUGGUAUAUUCCCGAAGGCUUAUAAAAUAAAGAAGGAAGAUUUGGUGAAGAGAUGGAUUUCCGAGGGUUUUAUUACUGAAAAGCAUGGUUAUAGCCAUCAGGAGAUUGCCAAAAGCUACUUUAGUGAGCUCAUCAACAGAAACAUGAUCCAAAUAGCCGAGUACGAUGACUGUGGGCAUGUGCUGUCGUGUAGAGUGCAUGAUCUAAUGCUUGACUUUAUCAUACUGAAAUCCACGGAAGAAAACUUUAUCACUGUAAUCAAGGAACCACCUACAGUUAAUGGUGCACACAACAUGAAAGGCCAUUUCGAAUUCCGCCGGCUAUCCCUCCAAGUUGGUAAUUCAGAAUGCACUCAGGUUCUGGAUAACACCGCUCUCACCCAAGCUAGGUCUUUGAACUUUUGGGGUGAACCAGAAUGUAUGCCUUGUCUCUCAAGUUUUCAACUUCUGCGAGUUCUGCAUCUUUAUGCUCGCGGCGACGAAUAUCAACACUAUGAUCUAUCUCCCAUAUGCAACUUUUUCCAACUGAGUUAUUUGAAGAUUGGAGGUGUGCAUUGUGAGAAACAGCUAAGAGAAUUGCAUAAGUUACAACAUUUGAAGACAUUGGAGCUAGCUAGUGGUGUAGGGUCUUUUCGGCUAGAUGUCAGCAUAUUACCCUCGACGCUGUGCCACCUGAUUGUUCCGACUAGUGUGGAACUGUUUGGUGAGAUCGGCAGGAUGAAAGCCCUUUGUACUUUGGUUGGAUUUUCCAUACUUAGUCGAGAUGUGAAGAGCAUGAAGGCCCUGGGUGGUCUGAGCAAUCUGAGUGAGCUAGAGCUAUAUCUUCAAGGGCCUUUUGUUCCUGAUUCUGAUUCUAAUUAUGAUUCUGUUUAUGAUGCUCUACUCCUCUCCCUCAGCAGACUUGGCAGGCUUCAAUCCAUAACCUUCCACGGUCUCGCAAGAUAUACUUACCUGACGAAGUAUGUCUUAACUUGUUGGUCCGCUCCACCGCCAAGCAAUCUUCAUAGAUUACAUGCGCAGGGCUUCACCUUCUCUAUCGUCCCAGACUGGGUUGCACAACUCAACCAACUCAGAAGCCUGAAAAUUGAAGUUCAGUCACUGCUGAGAGAUGGUGUGGAGGUUCUGGCCAGGCUGACCAUGCUGGUGCACCUUACAUUAUUUGUUAGGGAGCAUGUUCCCCUGGAAGGCUUAGUCAUCCGAGGUGGAGCAUUUCCAAACCUGAAAGAACUUUGGUUCAGGCAUAAAGUGCCUUUCCUCAUGUUCGAGGCAGGGGCCAUGCCCAGGGUUCAGAGCCUCACUAUAGAGUGUUAUGCACAAGCAGAGCGGCAAGGUGAUGAUAGUGUACUUGAUGGCAUCGAGCAUCUGGGAAGCCUAGAGACAUUCAAGGUGUACAUUUGUAACCAGGAGAAUUUCAGCAUGUUGUAUCCAUUGACAUUGAAUCUUUCCAAGAAGCCGCACGUGGAAGAUAUUCAACGGUGGGACAAACAUAGUAUUGAGGCAAUGCUGAGGAAGGCGAUCAACAAGCAUCCAGGGAAUCCACAUGUUAGCAUUGAACUUGUGUAG